UCCAGUCCUUGACCACGCCUCCAUCUCCAUGUCAGGAGUGUGUUAGUGCUUUCGUGGGUGUGUGUAUGUGUGUGUGUCAGUUUGGACGGAAAACUCCGUGUGAAGUGAAGCCCAAACUGCUCCUCAGCUCAGGUUCUCUCAGUCUUUCUGCAAGUUAAUCAAGGCAUCAUGGUGGCCCACAAGGAGUUCGCUAAUGCCGGGAAGACGGCUGGUCUGCAGAUCUGGCGUAUAGAGAACAUGGACCUCAAGCCUGUUCCCAAGAACCUGUACGGAAGCUUCUUCACCGGAGACGCCUACGUCCUGCUGUACACCACAAGCGCGCCAUCCUACUACAUCCACAUGUGGCUGGGAAACGAGUGCUCGCAGGAUGAGAGCGGCGCGGCAGCCAUCUUUGCCAUGCAGCUGGACGACCAUCUCGGCGGCGGCCCGGUGCAGUUCCGCGAGGUCCAGAAUAACGAAUCGGUCGUCUUCAUGGGAUACUUCAAAUCCGGGAUUAAGUAUCAGAAAGGUGGUGUUGCGUCUGGUUUCCAUCACGUGGUGACUAACGCGGCAGACGCGAAGCGCGUGCUGCAUGUGAAGGGCCGGAGAGCGAUCAGAGCCACUGAAGUAAACUUCUCCUGGUCCAGCUUUAAUAAGGGCGACUGCUUCAUCGUGGACCUGGGACAGAACAUCUACCAGUGGAUCGGCAGCGAGUGUAACCGCUAUGAGAAGGUGAAGGCGUCUCAGGUGGCCAUCGAUAUCCGCGACAACGAGCGCAAUGGCAGAGCCAAGCUGAGCAUAGUGGAGGAAGGAAUAGAACCGGAGGAGCUGAUUAAAGCUCUCGGCCCUGUGACCGCCAUCGCUCCUGCCACACCUGAUGACGAGGCGGUUGAGACGUCCAACAAGAAAAAGGCAGCGUUGUACCUGAUCUCCGAUGCCACUGGCUCCAUGAAGACGUCCGUUGUGGCCGCGUCCAGUCCGUUCAAGCAGGAAAUGCUUAAUCCUAACGAUUGCUUCAUUCUGGACAACGGCGUAGACGGCAACGUGUUUGUAUGGAAAGGUCCGAACGCGAACGUGCAGGAGCGCAAGUCGGCCAUGAAAGUGGCUGAUGAAUUUAUUAAAGAGAAGAACUACUCUAAUAAAACACAGGUCCAGGUGCUGCCUGCAGGGGGCGAGACAACUCUCUUCAAGCAGUUCUUCAGUAACUGGAAGGAUAAGGACCAGACCACGGGCCCGACCAAAGCCUACACCAUCGGGAAGAUCGCCAAGGUGCAGCAGGUCCCCUUCGAUGCCUCCACCCUGCACUCCAACCACGCCAUGGCUGCGCAGCACAAGAUGGUGGACGACGGCUCCGGGAAAGUCCAGAUCUGGCGUGUGGAGGGCGGAGCUCGCGCCCCCGUGGCUCCCGCUUCGCAUGGUCAUUUCUACGGAGGCGACUGUUACAUCAUCCUGUACACCUAUAAACAGGGCAGCCGGGAGCAGCACAUCAUCUACACCUGGCAGGGGUUAAAGUGCACUCAGGACGAGCUGGCCGGCUCAGCGUUCCUCACCGUGCAGCUGGACGACUCCAUGGGCGGAGCUCCGGUCCAGGUGCGCGUCACUCAGGGUCAGGAGCCACCUCACCUGAUGAGCUUGUUCAAAGGGAAGCCUAUGAUCAUCCACAGCGGAGGGACGUCUCGUACAGGGGGACAGACGCAGGCGGGAAGCACGCGUCUCUUCCACAUCCGCACCAGCACUGCUAAAGCCACUCGCGCUGUGGAGGUGAAACCGUGUGCAUCCAACCUCAACUCCAACGACGUGUUCGUGCUGAAGUCUCCUGAUUCGCUGUUUGUCUGGCGCGGCGCCGGAGCCAGUGAGGAGGAAGCUCAGGCUGCCAAACACGUCGUCGGCUUCCUGGGAGGGAAACCCACUGACGUAGCCGAGGGCAAAGAGCCAGCCGGAUUCUGGACCGCUCUGGGAGGGAAGAAGGAAUACCAGACUUCCAAAACUCUGAAGAGCGUGAUCAAGCCCCCUCGCCUGUUCGGCUGCUCCAACAGCAGCGGCUGUCUCAAGGUUGAGGAGGUUCCCGGUGACUUCACUCAGUCAGAUUUGGCCACUGAUGAUGUCAUGUUGCUGGACACUGGGGAUCAGAUCUUCCUGUGGGUCGGCAAAGACGCUAACGAAGUAGAAAAGACCGGCGCUCCAAAGAUCGCUAAAGAGUAUGUGGACUCGGACCCGUCCGGCCGGCGUGGGAUCCCCAUCACCACCAUUAAACAAGGAGCCGAGCCUCCGACUUUCACAGGCUGGUUCCAAGCCUGGGAUUGUCAGAUGUGGGACUCUGAUCCCCUGGAGAAAAUCCGUGCUCGCUUCUAACUCCUAAUCAUCCUCUAACUGCUGUUUGCACAGGCUCGAUACACAAACAGCCUAUUUUUUGCAUAUUUUUCUCUGCACUUUUCUGUUAUUUCUUACAUUCUACAUCCUCUUCCAUAAGUGGCAUAAGAGAAAGUGAUGGACAGGUCAGCUGACAGGUCAGCAUUUUGUUCCCAGGUUAACAAAAUAUUAAUGAAAUAAUAUUAUUAAAUAUUAAGGAUUAGCGAUGAGAUUGUAGUUCUCCAGAACCUUCAUGUCCAAUCCAAGGUGUUUCAAUUCUGCCUUUAAAACAGAAAUUCUGGCAAUUAUUAAUCUCACCAUCAAACAUCAACUACGUACAUUAAAUAUGUUCAGGUGUAAGAUGCUAAAAAAACAUGUCCCCUUAAUAAACUUUCACUAUUUUUAGUGCGUGUGUAUACUUUUUAGCAGGGUGUAUCUUAUUUUCAAACCUAUUGGUUGGGGAACAAAAAAUCUCCAAUAAUUCUUACAUUCUGGCAUCCUGGCCCAAGUGCCAAAAUAAAGACGUUAAAAAAAAAACAA